CACCCACACCCAUCACAUGACGAACAAGUGAAGGUAGGCUAGGAACGAUCACAAGGUUCUGUGCAGGAACCCCUUUUGCCCCAGUUUAGUGGCUGUUUUAGAUCAAUUUCGGCAAAAUGUUGAAAAUCUGUGGACCUAAACUGUCCCUCUGUGGGCUCAUCAUCAGCGCCUGGGGUAUUGUGCAGCUGGUGCUGAUGGGAGCAUUUUACUAUGUGCAAAGUGUAGGAUUAGCAGAAGAUUUGGAAGUCAUGGAAACCAAUUACAAAGAUGCGGAUGAGUUUUAUGCAGAUGCUGACAAGGCAUACACUCAGACUGCGUACAACUGCUGGAUCGCUGCAUGUUUGUACAUUUUCACCCUUCUGAUAUCUGGUCAACAGUUCUACCAAAACAGCCGCAACUCAUUGGAUGCAUAGAUAAUGUGCUGAGUGAAGUAUUUUUCAUUGUAUUACAAUUUUCAGUCAUAAGGCGUUGUUCAGUGUCCGAAGUCAAAAUUUUUACUAGAUUAGCAUUUUAUGUUUGAUGAAAAAUUGAACUUCUAAAUUUUUUCCAUUUUUAAACUGUAUGAAGCAUUUAAAGAAAGGGAUACGAUCAAAUGAAGUUUGUCAUUAGUCUGUGCUGACUUGUGUAUUUAAUGCCCCUGUGAUCCAUUUUUAUUAGGCCUUUUUAUUUUUGAGGUUCCUUUAUUGUGUACAUAAUUUUUGAUUGUUCCUCCCAUUUGUCGUUGGAUUUUAGAAACAACAACUUGAGGGAACCAGGCUGGAAGUACUUUGAGCACAUGAAUUAGAGCUUAGUAUGAUGAGAGACCAUAAAUUAUGGUCACAAAGGUCCUUUUUCUUCUGUUUUUCUUGUUUCAAAAUUUUUUUUGGCCAUUGCUGAUUGCUACCUAUUAUUCAUGAGAUAAAAAAGUAUUAUCACCAAGAAUAGGUUUACUGCAGUAAUUAGAAGUUAAAACAAUUGUGACUUUUUCAUAUGUUACCAGAGGUGAGCUAUUGCCAUUUUUUGUGUAUUGGAUGUGCUUAACAUUCCAUCUUGUGAGACGAUUUUAUGUAGGUUUUUCUUUCUAUUUUCUGUUCUAUUGGUUGUAGUUUGAUCUUGUCUGCAUUAAUUCAAGCUGUGUGUUUCUUUAGCACCGCAUUGUGGAACCAUAUCAAGUGACACAUCUUGCAUUGAAAGAUAAUUACAGAAUGUUAUGUUUAACUUUCUAGAGGAUAUCUUGUAUCAAGAAUCCAUUUUCUUCUGGAAACCAAUUAAUGUUAUCUCUGCCUGUAUGUGAAAUAAUAAUAAAUAGGAAGAGCUUGUUUCAAA